CUCCUACGCAGCAGCUCCUCUCAAGGUUUAUAAGACGACGGAACUGCGUGGCCCACAGCAAAACCAAGCACUGGUCUGUCUCGACGGGAAGGUUAGUAACGUAUUUAGAAAUGCAUUGUGUAAAAUUGCUGUGUAAGUUCAAAUAUUGACUCACUCACAACAAACAGUAGGUUAAUUAGUCACGUAUUCAACUUAUGCAGCUUAUGUAAAGGACUGAUGUUGCUCUAAAGGGUGACCCCGUGGUAGAAGUCUUGCAUUUUCAUUUUAAUUAGGCGGCCAAGCUUUCGUCGUUUUUAAGAAAUCAGGAAAAUGACGGCAACAUGUUCUCUGAAUACGUUGUACUCUAUUUUCAACAAGGUGGCGUUUAGGUGGAUGUGGUAGAACAAGAGCUAUCACUUGACUUGUAAUAUAAGAAUAACGUUUAUAACGUCUCAUAACUUGAUUCUUGGAAUAGCGGAAGAGCUGCUUGCAGCGUCAAUGCUGUUUUUUCUGACAGUUUUUAUCAAUCAAAAAAGCCCAAUAUUUACAUUUGAAUUACCAGAUACGAACGCAAGCCGGCGGAUGCAAAUUCGUGCAAAUGUCAUUUUUCAACGCCCAAGGGGAUUAAGCCGUUGUAGUGGAAAUGAAAGUCACACAAAAGCACCCACGAAAUUGUCGACUGGCUCUUUUGAACAAACAAAAAGAACAAAGUCACUUCAGAAGGGUAUAAAAGCAAAUAUUUCAUCUGCAUGAUAACUUUGCAUCAAAAUUAAUUUGAGUUUCAGAAACCGAGCGUAGACUAUUUCUCCCUUUUCUACCUCUGUAGCAACUUUGGUCUCGCAAGGUUCCCCGCGCGGCGAAAGCUCCGGCGACAAAUCGACGUCUAAGGGUCGAUACACACGACAGGUUUUGCUCCCGGAGCAUGUCCAGGCUCAUUUUGCACGUGUCAGUACACACACGAGGGAGCGUUUUCAAGUUCGCUCAGUUUGCCCCGGGCGCUUUCUGCCAAAUAUUUAACCGGUUGAAUAUCGAGGAGCAUUUUGCGGGGCGGAAAUUCUGCUCUUGAGGAUGAAGUAUACCCAUGAACUCGUUGAUACACACCGGAGGAGCUUUGCUCCCGGAGCGUGCCCCUGGAGCAUGCUCCGGGAGCAAAAUCCCUCGUGUGUAUCGGGCUUAAUCGUCAGGGAAACUCCGCGCGCUGCUUGCAGAAAACUGAAAUGAUAAUUUUGUCGUAUACGUUUCUCGUCACUUUUAAUCGAUAAGAAGAAUUGUCACGGCUGAUGACACUUUCAUCAGUAAUCAUGUUGUUAUCCCCGAUUUCGAUAUGCUCCAAUAUGGGAGACCCCCCAGACAUUUCCCACCUACCCCUCCCCGAAGCCAAAAUUAAAUUUUGCCUAAGUGAGAAGUAAGCGUUACGGUUGGCUUAGGAGAGGGGUAGGUGGGCAGUUUCCCGGAAACGUAUAAUGAUCCGACAUGCCCAACUGAAGGGGAAGUAGGUGGGGCUUCCCUUGAAGGAAAUCCCGCGGCUAGCUGCGUGAAUUCGUCCUAUGCCUUUCGAUUAAACCUGUCUCCUCGUUUUUCUCCUCGUUACGGCAUGUGACUUUUUUUAAAGGGUACCAUAAUCAUUGAACGCAGGUUUAUUCCUCCCCUUCUUUCCUCGCUACCUGGUAUGGCAACAAAAUGAAACUGGACCGAUGACAAAUUUUACCUUUCAUUAUAGCAACAAACUUACGCGAGCUUUAUUUAAAGAGACGCAACUGAAUCUGAAAUAAAUCAUAUUCCUCACUUCGGGCACGUUUGAUAUGAUAAGGGGCUGCCCCAUACAACAAACUGCAUCCACCAGUGAGACUCAGGUAACCUUAUUUCUUAAAUUAAAGGGAGUCAAGUCUUUAGAACUGAGCUUACAAACGUGAAAUCGUGCUCCGAACAAACUAAAAAUUGCCACGUAUUUCCCCAUACAGACAUUGCAAAAAAGAGCCGGGAAACUGCUUUUAGCAAUGAUUUUAGCUCUUAGAUCAUUUUUAUGAUGUUAGGGGCCGACCAUUUAACUCUUGAGGGAGGGGGGGGUGAGUGAUUUUGAAAAAAAAUUCCUGCAAGCGCUUGUCGGAAGAAAAAAAUUGCAUGCAGCACAAAUGUAAUAGAAAGCUUGUGGGAAAAAAAGGGAAAAAAGUAUCCUGCCCACCAGAUUGCUCGAAAAAAAAUUCUUGAUGACCAGAAAUCAGCCCACCAACCCCCCCCCCCCCCCCCCACUCAAGAGUUAAAUGGUCUCCCCCUUAAACAGAAUCAAAAGAUUUCAAAGCCAACUUUUAAUCUCCUCUCAUUUCCGCAUAUGACAGUUUGUAUCUCGCUUUUGUCGUUUGCGGUUAUUCGUAAUUGUAGAUCUAAUUCUAACUCUAAUCUUUCUUAAUUCUCUCGAUUUGUUCGCAAGCAUCUAAGCCUGCAAGUAGGUAGUGGAACUCGGCUAAGUCUAAAUUGCUUGUACAAAUGUCCUAUUGCGUUUAAAUCCGGCUACCAGCCACACGGAAAAAGUCUAGAAUUACAUAAUCAGUCGACACAAACACUUCUGGUUCCGCUUGAAGUCUACACUUUACAGCGGCAGAUACCUUUAUAGCACAAAUAUUGCAAUGCUCUACGAGCUUGGGACUUUACCGGGUGUUUCGAAAGAGGAAAGGGUAAGUAAUGCUAGAAUCCUCCAGAACAAAACUGCAAUGAUUGUAGCACUUAGAUCAUUUUUAUGUUGUUAAAAAGAAUCAACAGAUUUCAAAGCCAAGUUUUUUUAAUCUGCUCUCAUUUCCGCAUUUGACAGAUUGUAUUACGCUCUUGCCGUUUGCAGUUAUUCUUAAUUCUAAUCUCUCUAAAUUCUCUCGACUUGUUCGCAAGUAUCUAAGCUGCAAGUAAGUAGUGGAACUCGGCUAAGUCUAAAUGGCUUGUACAAGGGUCCUCUUGUGUUUAAAUCAGGCCACCAGCCACUCGGAAAAAGUUUACAAUUACUUAAUUCUACACAUACACCUCCAAUUCCGCUUGAAGUCCACCCUAACAGCGGUAAUUACCUAUAUAGCACAAAUAUUGCAGUGCUCUACUAGGGCAUUUUCCCGGAUGUUUUUCAAAGAGGCAGGGGUAAGUAAGGCUAGAAUCCUCGAGAAAAAAAACUUUUUGUUUCAGAAACGCUUUCAUCAUUUAAGGCCAUAGUAUAAUGUGUCCGAUGGAAAUGCUAGUGUAUCUCACAAAACCUGACUUCCGUUCAAAACGAGACAAUUCUCGCGCACCCAACUCAACGACCCAAAAUUCGAAAUCGUGGGUUGAAACUCUAGCUUAACCCUUUAAGUCCCGAUAUCCACAUACAAAUUCUCCAGACUGACCUCUAUACAUUUCCUUAUAGAAUUCCUUAAGAGAAUUUGAUAUAAGAUCAAAGUUUUUCCCCUGUGAUGAUCAUUUUAUCAGUUCCCAUAACUUUUUCUCUCGAUUAUGUAUUUUUAUUUUGGGAGAAAAUUGAUGUUGUCACUCUCAGGACUUAACGGAUGACCUAGCUUUUUUCCGAACAGAUUCUUCACGGUAACUAUUGAAUUCCUUGGGUGCCUCUAUUAAGAUUCUGAAUCCCUAAUUCCCUCCAGUUAUGAAUACAAAGUUAGAGCAAGGGUCACCGUUGUUUUAACCCUUUAAACCCUAUAUAAGAUCAAAAUUUGAAUUCUCAUUUGUUGCCCCUAUUCAUUUCCCACAGAAGUAGUGGGGAGAAGUUGAUAAAAUAUCAAACAAAUUCAUCUUGAGUGAUAAUGUCCGUAAUUCUCAUGACCACUCUGUUUUAUAAAGCAUUGAUAUUAGAAGGAGAAAUUUGAUGCUGAUCACUGUUAGGGCUCAAAAGGUUAAUUACGAAGUAGCGCUGAUUUAAUGGCAUUCUUUGUCUUCCUUGGCGUAGCAUCAUAUUUUCGGUUUUGAAAAUGUAUAACAUUCGCAAUCUUAACACAAUAAGAUGGACAAUAUAUUGGAGCCUUAUUUGGUUUGACGUUCCCACAAGAUGAAUUGCAGUUCUGGGGCUUUUCCCUACUAGGCGUGUCACGUAAGGAUUUAAAAGGCUGAAAAGGCUACUUUUAAUUCAUUCAAUGUUACUUAUUACACACAGAAUCUCUCUUCUUCAUUCAGGUUAGUUUUUGCGUUUAUUCGUCUUGUUCGUGCUGUUUCCUUGUUAUAUCUUUCAACUACAGUUGAACCUCUGUACAAUGGCCACCUCUUGAGGACAAAAGAAAGUUGCUGCUGUUAAGAGGUUUAAACAAGAGUCAAUAGGGACUUUAAGCUUUAAGAUCCAACGACGCGAACGGCAACAAGAACGUCAAAAAACAGUAGGUUUUAUUAGCAAAACAACGACUUUGCACGUGUACCACGCUUUUUUGUACAUUUCUCUGCCUGUUUUUGCACGACUACGACGUGAACAUGCCAACAGCAAGUGGUAACGUUGCGAGUAUGCGCGAGCCGCUGGACGGAAGUUUGUGGUGGUAUUGGAUCGCAGCGAACACAGCAAAGAAAAAUGGCGCCUCUCUUAAAAAUUACCAUCGUCUUAGUCAUCUGUUCUAUUUUUGUGGAGUGCAGAUAAGACAAAGUCUUCCGUGUAAUAUGCGAGAUUGGUCUCAAGGCUAAUAAGUCGCAGAUCAUUCACAAUUUUACGCUUUGAUGGGGUUCUGUGUAACAGCUACAAAACUCCUCUAUUAAAGCACUGCGUAACUGGGAAAAAAUCUCCUCACAUAAGUUGUGACCGAGUACAAAACGUCCGACGCUUAAGAUUUGAAUAAAACGCUGUGAAAAAAAAUUCUAAAUGCUAUGCGACAAUCUCCUUGCAAUAAUACGAUUCCACGUCAGUUAUGGUUCAGGAACGCCUUGUUGUUUAGAGAUGUGCAACCUUAGUGCAGUGAUUCUGCCAGUAAUUAAUUUUCAGAGAUACCCUAUCCUAACCACCAGUGUCCAGACGAGGUGCAGUGCCCUGAUUCUGUGACUGAUAAAAUUUCAAAGAUAUCCCACCCAGGGCUAUGAAAUUGUAUCUUUCCAUUUUUGACUAGAUGAUAUAAAACUAAAGACCCAAACUCUAGAAAUGACAUCUAUUAAAUGUAUGUGAUGCCUUAACUUAUUCAGGGGUGUAGGCAGAAUUUUGUAAUAUGGAGGCUCUUGAAUCCAAGAUGCCCCUUAUACCUCUAAAAUAAAGAAUUAGAUGAGCCAAGAGAGGAGAGUGGUACAAGAUGUGUCAUAUUACAGAUGUGUUUUAUUGAGGUAACCCUAACAACGAAAAAUCCUUCCCUUUACUCCCCACACUUCUACAUACUAGAAAACUGCAAAUAUGCAUGCACACAACAGUGAAAAUACUUAAAAUAGUAAAGAUCAAAGUCAUAUUUAAAACUGCAUUUUCUCCCUGAGAUAUUGAAGUGAGUUUUCUGCUUCUGGUACUUCCAUGCUUGCACUCAUUUUUGCUUUUCAGAAAUUUUGUUGAUGGUAUUUUUUACUGCACAUGUGUUAAUUAUUUAAUAUAUAACUAAUAAGGCGUAGCUCCCUUGACUAACCCAUAUCUAUUUGGGGCUAAGUUCUUAUGAUUUGAAGAUUAAGAAAUUGAAAAUGAGAGAAAAUUAGCUCUAACUUUUCCUUUUCAUUCAAUUUCAACAUGUGGAGAACUUAAGGAUCUUAAAGCCUGAUAGCUUCAAGUGAGCCAAUGUAUGACUCAAUAAAAUUAAAGCUUGUCUGUGUGUCUUCUGGGGCACCAAGCCUAUUUGAUGCAGUUCAGGAUGGAGUGACAGACCCUUCACAUUCUGCAGACAGCAUAGGGUUAAAUAAAAGACAGAUAGUCGCCAUUUUGUACCAGCUCUGCUAUGGCUUGAGUGAAAAGUGCAACUGGUUUGAAUGUGACGAUGCAGUCGUCCUCAAUGACUAUCACUUGAAUCAACAAGGUUUUGUGCUGAGCAUCUCAUAGGGAGCUCCUGCAACAGGCAAAAGGCAAAUGACAUUUUCCAUAACUUGUCAUCUUGCAACACCAGGAGCAUCAAUUGCAACUUGUGUAGUGUAUGAUAGAUGACUAUAUACACUACUACUGUGUAUACACAGCCAAACUGACAUUGGCAAGCCAUAAGUGCUCCUAAAUUCAUGUGCACAAACACUGAAUAUAUGAGACCCAGAGUAUCAAAAGAAUUAUUUCUAGCGGAGAGUGGAAAGUUACUCCUAUGGCAUUUUGUUGUUGCACACAACUAGUGAUACCCCUUUAGAUAUUCAGAAUUUCCAAAGUGUGAUGGAUACGAAUUUAUAUUCAAGAAGGAAAGAAAUCUUUUGGAUAGAAAAGGAAUGAUAACAUUAUAUUUUAUGAUUUUUGUUAGCAUACAAAUACAUUGUAUGUGAUAGAGCUAAUUCUUAUGUGGAUGCCAAUGCAAGGAAUCAAAUUCACAGAUUUCAUGUCCAGUGUAGUCUGUGCUUCAAACAGGAAUGGUAGUCCAGCAAGUGAAAAGCUGAACAAGGCAAAGAAUUGUUUUGCGCUUGAACUUGUGCUAGUGUCAAAGUGGGAGUAAUAUCAUAAUGGUCACAUGAAAAUGCAUUAAAUCACACUUAUCAUAUUUUAUAGUAGGGCAGGGAAAAGAAUGCACAUAUGUGUAUUUUCAUAUUUUAUAUUGAUUUCAGUUAUGUUUCAAGACAAUAUGUAAACAAUUUAAGCAUAACAUUAAAAUUCUUUUAGGCGCCAAUUUUAUAUGUAUAAACAAAAUCAUCAUAGAAUAAUCAUUUUCCAAAAUGGUGAGGGUUCUUGUCAAUGAAUCUUAGAGCUUACAGUGCAUGAUUAUUAAAACGCAAAUUCAUCAGUGUUCCCCCCCUUGGAUGCAAAAUCAAACAUUCAAGAAUGAAAGAGUGUUCCGAAACAAUGCUUUUACAAAUAAGUUUUGUUGGGAUAUACUUUUACAUGUUCACGAAAAAUCUGAAAACAAGGUUGAAAAGGACAAGAAAAAUUUGUCUAUCUUAAACGAAGUUUUAGUAAAUAAUAUUUCACGAUCCACUGCCUCGAUCUCUUAAUCUCCGAGAAUAAGUAAUCGCCAUGGAGCACCAAUGUAAACCAGAAAAGCAAAUUUUCGAAAACGGAAGGAAACAUCCGACUACGGCCUUACUUGUAAGAGCAGGAAAUUUGCUCGUUGAUUUCAUGCCGCUAAAUAGUAUCAAAAUACUCGAACUUCCCCCCUUUGAAUGAACCAUUAAAAGUGAAAAUACGGAGUGACCGAAAGAGACGUUUAACCUGUUUAGUCGUUUGUGUGGGAUAUAUAACUGGAUCUCGCUGUACGGUCAGGGUCAAAUACUACAAAAAUACGGGGGUCACAUAAAUUGCGUUGAAUUCAGGCUGCUAUAAUUUUAACACAUAACAUUCGAUGAUGUUGCUCCACAUUUCACAAAGUAAAUGAAGGGGUAUAUCUUACCUAAGUGCUAAGCAGCUCUGCAGAUCAUGGACGAUAACCCAUAAAUCCGUGACCGCUCGAAUGUCAACAAAUCAACAUAUCACAACAAACGACCUCGUGAACGCUUUAUCUGCUUCAUCAGAGGAGCCAAAUGGAUGAAAAUUAACCAGCUAAAUGGUCCUUCUUCCAUACAUGACACUUCAACAUGGCUUAGCCAAAGUAUCCAACCUAUAACAUAUGUCUGCUAUUGACUGGGUAUGCAAAAAAAUCUCCUUUGAAAGUGCUUCAGGACAGCUUUCGGCCAUUACGAUUUCCGGUCAACAAGUGCUUCCCAGCAAGACUCACGCAUGCGCAAACGUUACCACUUGCUGUUGAACAUGCCUAAUUUCGCGUUUUAUUGAGGGCGUAAAUAAGCAACGACGAAAUUUUAUUUCUCUUUCUGUAUUUGGAUAUGGUGCCUAGGAAUUCAACUCCAGGAGGGUUCGCCUACAUUUGACAAAGUAAUUGGGUAAGAAUAAUUGCGAUAAACAAUGAAAGAGCGCAAAUUCACUUUUUAAGCGACGUUCUCACUGCCGUCGCGUCGUUGGAUCUUAAAGUCUCUAAUGUAAUGAAAUUUCUCCUUAUUAUAUCAAUGCUUUAGAAAACAGAGUGGUCAUGAGAAUUGAGUGCAUGAUCAGGGAAGAUGAGUGUAAUUGAAAUUUCAACAAAUUCUCCCCACUACUUCUAUUGAAAAAGUAUAGGGAGACUUAGUGAGAAUCUCAAUUUUCAUAUUAGGGUUUAAGGGGUUAAUGCACUUACGAAAUUAAAGCUAUGUUUUUAUUUUUAUGCUGAUGAAAUAGCAACAAAACGACAGCUUUUCUAUAAUCACUAUUCCCUGUGCCUUUUACAAACUGUACGAUAGAGAGGUGAAGUGGGACGUCACGUUACCAUAGUAACAAAAUAUCUCAACAAUCUUUCUUGACGGCCAUUUGCAUUGUUGUACGAUGGAAAAAAGUAUGGGCUUCGGUUUUGUUCCUGAGUGCAAUCAUGCACAGGAAAUUCAUACAAGUCAUGUCAGUUUUGUUCGUUGCUUUUGCCUUAUUUGCAGGACCACGGUUUGUUGAAAAAUUUUGCUAUCACGGCAACGCGGUGUCGUAACGACUUCUCUGUGCAAUAGUUUUUUUUUCAAUUUGUCUGUACUCAAACAUUGUGUCAAACACCAGCCAAGCAAAUUAUUAAUCUAUAAUAAUUAAAAGGACUUCAUUUCAUUUUACCUAACGAUUAUUUUUUUUUCAUCUCAGGAUUUUUUUUAUAACAAGACUGAAACAUGGGAGGAACACCCUCAAAGAAGAACUUGAAAGUAAAACAUGGCCAAAAAAAUUCGAUUAUUGGAAGCAGAGAAGAACUCUCAUCUUGUAAGUGACGCAAUUCUUUGGCAAUUUGUAGCCUGCGUAGCAGGCGCUUGGAAUUAGUGGGCACAAGAAAAAACGCGCGCGACAGAAGGAGACAUGCGAGGGGAGAGGGAGCAAUCACCCCUCAAUCACCCCUUGCGUGUCUCCCUCGCGCACGUCCGUUCUCUCUUUCGCCCACUACUUCCAAGCGUCUGCUACGCAGGCUAAGUGAUUUAACAGAUGGAAUCCUCCAAGAGUAUGAUUUUUGGUAAUUUUUCCGAGUCGCAUUGGCAUGGAGAGAUGAAAAAAUACAUUAUUUUGUUGUCUUUUAACGGUCCUCAAGCGCCCGCACUACUUGCCCGUUUUUUAUUUGUGGCCGUAGACAGUCACAAUUUAAAGUUGUGGUUAAAUAUUUGUUGAUAAAACCGGAGUAUGUAUCGUUGUCAUCAUUCUCUAUCGCUAAUUUAUUUUUACAGGGGAAAAUCUCGGCUUCAAAUACUUUCAAGAAAAAAUGGGAGAAGAGUUAUUUCAGCAGAAAAUGAAAGAAGCGGACGAAGUAAGUACAGUAUCCGAUUGUUUUUGGCCCGACCCCAUGAGCAACAUUUUUAUUAACGCUCGCGGGUCAUAAUGUCAUUGUUAACCCAUUAGCUUGUAUGGAGAUUUUUAAAAUGAGUACCGAAAAAAGGGCACUUUUUCAAGUUUUGUUAUGCGCUACAGUUAAGGAAUCAGCAUCAUUUCUUUCUCUGACGUACACAAUGGAAAACUCGCAAUCCCUAGAUCGUUAUAGAACAGAGAGAAAAUGUAUGCUUUCCCAAUGGGUAGCUAAUGGGUAAUCACUAGUUAUUGUACCAAUCCAAAAGACACUUUUUUUCCCUUCACGCUAACAUACCUGUUUUUUCACGGUCAUUAAAACCCAUUCUUUCUGCAGCCACCACCUAAACCUGGUAACUUCAGCGCUUCUCAAAUGGCCCGUUACGUGGCUAAAUUCAAAACUGCAUUUGCUUUAAAAGCACUUGUAACCCGUCAGCGCGGAACUCACCCCAGAGGUGUGGGGGCUAUUGGAACAGCAACAGUAUGCGACAACCCUCUCCUCCCCGAGCACGAAUUUUUCGAGACCGGGCGAGUGUUUCCAUUGCGUCUCCGACAUUCUAAUCUUGCCAGACCCGAUGACGCUCAGCUGGACGUGAGGGCGGUCUCUCUGAAGUUUGCUGAUACUGACUUUGAGUCGCCGUUUGAUCUAAUGAUGCAUACUGGCGAAGAGGCGGCUUUCUGGAACAUUUACAGUUUUGACAAGAUGAUUACAGCACUGACCGGAGGCCCUAAGACGUUUAAAGCUUUCUGUCUUGAGGAUCCUUGGCAGUAAGUGUUUAUUUUUUUUUUCUUUUCUUUCCUUUUUUGAAUUUUCUGCCGGCUCACAUAGCCUUCUCUAAUUCAGAUGGAGUAGUCUGGGAAAACAGUCGAUCUCCUAACCAGAUUCCUUAAACUUCUUGUUAAGCGGGAGGCAGCAGCUGUUUCCUCGAUGGAAGUUAAAUAAAAAUAAAGCUUCUGACAUUCUUGCUAAGACCAGCAGUAUAUGGCAGCGGUUAUCAUGUUUUCCAGCCAAAAUGACGAUGGGUUUUCGCGCACUGCUUAGUAUUCAGUGGCGGAAAAUCGUCCUCGUCUUAGAAUCCAAAAGUUUUUAAUACCUUGGGGCUCUUUUAACUUCACACUGAUAGUAAAUCUCUCUAAAGUGUAGUUUCUAAUACUUUGUCUCACGGUCAAAGGGUUUUGAAAGCCGCAUCUGCUUAUGUUUAAUGACGAGAUCAAUCGUAAGUCCUAUAGCCAUGUAAUACCCGCUACUAUCAUAUGGCUGAAUCCGCGAGCGGGCAAUAUGAAGUGAAUAUUAAUUUGAAAAUUGUAAAAUCGAUUCUGUUCAAAAGAGUCUUAACCCUGAAGAAGGCAGCAUAGCCGAAACGUCGGUUAAAACUCUUUUGAACAGCGUCGAUUUUACAAUUAAAUAACUAUGCUGCGCAGGGAAUUUAAUCUUUAUUUCACAAUAUGAGGCAAAUCCUGCUUUCUGAUUGGCUACACGAGCGGGCACGAUGGGCCCAUCUUACCUGCUCUGGAUUUCCCGCAUUGGUCCCGAAAGAAAAAGUUAUCUUUUUAGCCACAUAAAUCCCUUAGUGGUCAAGCUUGUUCGGUCAAGAUGGCUAAAUAUUGGCCUCGUUCAUUUUUGCCUUUUACUGACCUCGACUUCGUUUCUGUCAAUAAAAACGCAAAAAAGAACUUGGCCAAAUUGACCUCACGCUUGGUCAAUAACGCAUUUAUAAAUCUUUAAAAUUUCUCUCUGCAGCUUUUACCUGUCUAUAGCUGUGUUCCGCCGCGCUCCGGACUCAUUCACCGAUCAGCGGUAUUACUCGUGGAUGGCUUAUGAAUACAAAGCAAAAGAUGGCAAGCUGCGUUACGCCAAAUUUCGCCUCGUUCCCCAAGAUGGCAGAGCAGAGACUGGUCUAUUAACAGAAUUUGACCAAAGAAAACCAUGGUAAGUAGUGUGCGCAACAAACUCAGCCAGUUCUUGUUUUAUGACUGGGAGGCGCCAGAAAUCGACAGUGAAAUAGGGCGGGAUCACCGGAGCGCUUGCCGGUAAAAGCAGGAAGAGAGGGGAGCAGAAAAGUAAAGGCCUUUUACGAUCCCAUGGCACUACCCUUUCCCUAGCCAAUUAACAACGCCCAAAGAGAUAACCAAGGUAACUCAAAAUCAAUUAUGUCGAAUUUCCUCUAUACCUCUUCCUUCCUUUUAGAGUAUAUAAGUUUUUUCGAAGCGCAGGUGAUGUGUGUUAACACAUUAUCUUUCUCUAACAGUCCUUUGAAUGUAUUCUGUCAGUCCAAACUUUUGUAGCGUUCGAGUGGAUGGAUGCGCCUUUUUUACUGGACGGAAUUAAGAGAGAAUCUUUAUUUUCUCUUACUGGUGACAAGUCUCUGCGAACAACCACUCUGCACUUGCAGGUCGGGUGACAUGUUUUUGCGUUUGGUGAUGGGACAUGUCCCAAGAAAAGUUCCCUUCGUGCGUGAUAAGGAAUUGUUGUCGUUUUAAAGUUUUGAGGCCGCGAAGAGGCGCAUAAAAUGAAACGAGUUUGAAUUUUUUGCGCGGCUUGUGGCGGCGAUUUUUUACACCAUUCUCCAUGUUAAGGGAGGUGAUUUUCUCCCGCGCGACGCGUUGCAGCGAAUCGUUACCUUAUCUGUCUUCUUAAAGAAAUUGUUGUUACAUUCAAUUAUUAUAAUUAUUUACUUCAGGGAGCCUGCAAGAUGGGAGGAUGAAAAACGUCCUGAAAGCUACCUCAUCCCUGAAUUUAAAGAGCGCUUAUCGGAAGCCCCCAUUGAAUACAAACUUCAGAUACAAUUACAUGAAGUAAGUCCUGAUGAUUCGCACCUAAUUCUUCACCCUUCAAGAGUAUGGGACCAGGAGAACCAUCCGUGGUUGGAUUUAGCUCUCGUCACCAUGACGUCACUUUUAUCUGUUGCUGUAGUUGAGCGAACUCGUUGUUCACUUGACAACCACCCUUCCACAAUUAGCAUUCCUCCAGCACAGACUAUCUACGACUACAAUUCUAUUUCAUAUCUGCGGUCUAAAGUCUAUUCCUCCUCAAAUAAAAUGAGCUCAAACAAGCCAAGAUCAGCGGUUUUCAAACAACAUGCUUGUGAAGGAGCGAGGUACAGUGUACGAGUGCGAACUGGAAAUCGAAAAGGGGCCGGCACAGAUGCUAAAGUGUCGCUGACAAUAACAGGUGAGAUAACUUAUAAAACAUAUUUUGAAUCUAUGAUGUAAAAAUUUUUUUUACGUUUAUGCCAAGAAAUCAAACGUAAAUGCCGCUUAAUACGAAAUGAAAUAUACGUUAUUAUCAAGAUGGAAGGGGGCAUGGGGGUUUACGGUAUUGCGGUAUUGAUUUUUUUUUUCAAGCAGUAUUUCGGUACAUGAUUUUAUUGUGCGAUGUCGCGGUAUCAUCUAGGCUUGCGGUAUGCGGGUUUUCAUGUUUUUGGCUAACGGUAUUCGGUAAAAGAAGAUCCUUCUCGUCAUUGUGGUACUGUUCAUUUGCACUCUCCUGUCUAAUGCAGGUCAAUAUUUUGAAGACUUAAAACUUGGUAAAUGAUUACAGUUAAUCUAUGAUGAAAUUGGUAGGGCAACCAACAAUGACCGGGCUUUUCGAUCGUUGUGCCGAUCUAUUUAAGGUCUCCUCGCGUUUUCUCGCAAUGGCUGUGGUUGAUUGCUAGUGUAUAGUUACAUGCUUGAGAGACAAACAGUCAAGAUGGAUACAAAUUAAAGUAAGCGUGACCGAUCGUAAAUGCCUAAAAAUGCGGUAUCAGUAUUUCGUUGUUUUUGGAAACGGUAUUUCGGUUUUUCAUAAUUUUUCUUACGGUAUUGCGGUAUCAAGUACCCCCCAAUGUCCCCCUUAAGAUGCCUGGAUAUUGGCUAAAGUCCGACACAUCUUCGGCCGUAGGCCGAAGCUACGAUCGCGAGCGGCGGCGGGAAUUUCACGCGGUUCACUGUCAAGACUUGACAGAAACCGGAAACGGCACCAGAAAAGUCUCUGGCACCCAGGGUAGAGAUCAAUAAAAACGCAAAAAAAAACAAGGCCAACAUUCAGCCAGUUAACCUCCCGCUUGGUCAAUAGAGGAUUUAUUAUAUGGCCAAGAGAACCAUUUUUUCUUGCGGCUAGGAUACACCAAUCACAACACACGAUUGGCUUCGAUUCAUUUACCCGCUCGCGGAAGCAGUUAUAGAAUAAACUUUUUUAAAUUGCAAUUCAAUUUUGUUACCGGAUAUCGGCUCUUUCGAGACAACAAUCGCAGCCGCGUCAUAUUCCGCCAUCGCAAAAUCUCGUCUAUAUAAUCCCGUUCCGACGCAAAAACCCUUCUGGGAAACCUCUUCAUAAGUGCCAGACAUCCUGCAAAACGACAAAAUGUCCUCAUUAGUAUAACAAAAUAUUUUUUUCUUCAAGGAACCAAGGGCAGAACAAAGCCUGCCGUGUUGGAUAAGUGGUUUCAUAACGAUUUCGAGAGGGGCCAAGAAGAUACUUACGUCAUCGAGGCGGAAGAUGUGGGAGAACCAGUCAUGAUAAAACUGGAGAACAAUCAAGGUGGCAUUUUCCAUCGUUCUAGCGAUUGGUUUGUGGAUAAGGUGUUGAUAACUACCAGCUCCACUAUUCUAAAGGUUUACGAAUUUCCAUGUUACGCAUGGGUGAAGCGUGAGUCCGUUUUCUUUGAAGGAAAAGGUAUGUACAUAAGCUAGUCCGCUAGAGCAGGCGCCUUAUAACGGUUUUGUUUCACACGCCGUGAGUAAAAAGUGGACAGGAAAGUCGUCUUUUCUCCUAGGAUAGAGAAAGUUAAGCAAGUCCUGGAAUGUUAUAACAAUGCUACGCCUUAAAUACCAAUAACCAAUCCCACUAUUCCACUAUCCCAUUUCUUAGGUUGUUCGUCCACUAAGUCUUUCCAGCUUCAUAGCCAAGAACGCGGCGUUCAUUUAUUCAUAUUGGAUCAAUCCUAUAUUUUAAAAUUUUCUGGGUUACCAUGCCCCCAGACCUCCAAAUAAUGAGCCACUUCGGCCCUUAAUUGUCUUCUGGUGUGUUCACCUUCAAAAGCACGUGCUAAGCUCCGUACAGCACAAUAAGACGUACUAGUCCUAACGUCAUAUUUCUUCUUACAGCCAAACUGAUCACAGACGAACAACUCGAAGCAGUAAAGAAGCAGCGACACUUGGAGAUCCAACAUCGCCAAGAGGUUUACAAAUGGGGAGACGAUCCCAAUUUUGUGGGUCUCCCCGGAUACAUCAAGGCUGAAAGCGUAAGGAAGCUUCCCAAAGACAUUCGUUUUACUGAGGAAGCUAUCGAUGACUUAUACAGCGCGAAAAAGAAGGCACUUGUUAACCUCGGUCUGGUUAAAUUGCUGAAUGCUUUUGAAUCGUGGGAAAAUUUUCAUGAUUAUCGUAAGGUAAGCGGUGAGCAAAAUGUACGCAAGUUGAUAUUUUUUUUUUUAAUUUUGGUAGACAAUGGCAAUUUAAGUUUGUGGCUUUUCAUCAACGGAUGGUAAAAACACUUUAACUCUUUGGAAUAUUUGCUGGUUUAAGACGUUAUUUGUAAAAUUUGACGAGCAAAUCUUUUUAUAAUAAAGUAACUACACUUUUAAGGGAAAAGUUUGAAAAUUCGUUUUCUAGGCAUUCGUCUCCUUCGUCGGCGACGUUCCACCAGCUGCCGAUCAAUGGCAGGAUGAUACUUUCUACGGAUCGCAAUUUCUGAAUGGCUGUAAUCCAGAUACUAUCAAGCGAUGCACCGAGUUGCCAUCCAAGUUUCCAGUCACACAGGAGAUGGUCGGCAAUUUGCUGGACCAGGGAGAUACCCUCAAGAAGGCAAUGCAGGUAACUUUGUAUCAUGCUUUCCCAAAUUAAAUGUUGCAAUAUUUUUCUGGCUUGUACCAUGCUCAUAGUUGUAGCUAACACUAGCUACCUGCAGCAUUCAACUCCGUCAGACGCCAUCUUGAAGCGUUAAAGUAGCAGAAAUCAUGAAUGAAAAAAAAAGUCGAUUGAGGGUAUAAAGUGCAUCGGCAUAACUUUAACACGUAACACCCAUGCUGGUAUAAAUCACGGGAAGCCUGCACAACAUACUAAACUUCUGGACAGGUUGAGUUCGUCUGCAAGGCUGUCAGAGCCGAAAUCCUUGUUCUGGGCCCCAGCUGUGUACCAGGAUUUGAGAACGUGCCAUGUUUAGGAAUUCCAUUGUCGUUUUCCCAAUCGGAUUGAAGGGAAACUCGAAAUACAUUACCGGUAAUUCAUUGAUUCCGUUGGCGACCCAGAACAAGGAUAUCGGUACCGCUUAGCAGACGCUACUAACUGGGGUUAGAUUACGUCUGCGACGCAGGCUACACUUAACCCUUUAAACCCUAAUAUCAAAACUGAGAUUCUCAUUUACUGUCCCUAUACUUUUUCAAUAGAAGUAGUGAGGAGAAUUUGUUGAAGUAUCAAUUAGACUCAUCUUCCAUGAUCAUGUACUCAAUUCUCCUGACCACUCUGUUUUACAAAGCAUUUAUAUUACAAGGAGAAAUUUGAUGCUGAUCACUCUUAGGGGUUAAAGGGUUAAAUAAGACCCUCUCUAAGAGACUCAGUUGCGGACCUAGAUUGGUUUCCUUGCAUUAUUUACAGAAUGGACGUGUCUACAUGGUUGACUUCAAGAUUCUCGAAGACAUUCCCCAUUACGGAGAAAACGAUACUAAAGUAGAGAGGCGUUAUACCUGCGCGGCUAUGGGCCUGUUCUAUGUCAAGAGCACUGAAGAUAUAGUUCCCAUAGCAAUACAGUUUCACCAGGUGCCUGGCGAGACCAACCCAAUAUGGACCGCCAACGAUUCGGAACUGGACUGGACUUACGCAAAAAUGUGGCUCAAGAAUGCAGACUCGCAGUGGCAUCAGGUAAUGGCCUUCACGGGAACUAGAAACAACGCGCUUCUACAUAAAUCGUUAAGUCUCUUUGAUAAGUUCUGUAUCCAUGACAAAAAUCAUGCUGUAAAGUAUAAUGUAGUUUUUACCAACUUGAAGUGAAACAUUGGUUUUCUGCCUGGCAGAAUUGGAUUUAAGAACUGAACGCUGAGAGUAUCUUCCUUCAUGGCUUUCGGUUUUGUGAAACAAUUUUAGAAAAUAAUUAUUUGAUCAAUCAGCUCCUUAAAUUCCUCGAAAAGGUCUACAGUGUGCGUUUUCACUCACGUGGGCAGCGUCUAUACAAAUUUAUUGGAACAAAAGUAAGCGUUGACAUACGAAAAGAGUUCAACUCUCACAGAACAGGAUUGGGACUCCAACAUGGUGGACGUGACGUCAUGUGGAUAGCUAGGCUUUUUAGCAACUUCUCACUGUAUUUGCAGAUGAUCACGCAUCUUCUCCGAACACAUCUCUUUAUGGAGCCUGUUGCUGUUGCCUGCAGAAGACAGCUACCCUCUCUCCACCCUCUGUGGAAGUUACUAGCACCUCACGUGCGGGGAGUUAUGGCCAUUAAUACGCUGGGAAGAGAAAGGCUGAUUCCUGCCGGUGGUGUGGCGGACAACACGCUUAGUUUAGGAGGUGGAGGUAAAUCAAUGAGAGGGAGGUUUUUGUCACCCAUAUUAAGUAUCUACUUUACCAUAUAACGGCCUAAAAGUACAAAAAAUUCUGUGUAAUUGUUCUUGCUUACAUGAACUCGUUCUUAUAUAAUCUUGAGUUGAUGGUGGGUAACGUAAGUUGUACUUAUGAAAGGAAGUGUUCCCACAAAAGUAAGAUGUUACAUAAUUCACUAAAAAUGAGUGGUAGCUGAAACCGGGCAUGAUUAUUUAAAGACCCUGAGUAAAUGGCCUGGCCCCCCGGAAAUCAAACAUGCGGCCUAGCGCUAAGCAGACCAGCUUUCUGCCGCCUGAGCCAGCCCUAAUCGUAGUCUUUCGGUGGUCUCUUGACAAAAUUUCUUACGCAAAAAAAUCUUAGGUUAAACUGACUUUGACCUAACUUUAUCUUAAUUUAUUCUUGUCUUAGGCCACAUUUUGCUGAUGAAGAAAUACUACAAGGACUUGAGUUGGUCAACCUAUGAUUUGCCCAAAGUAUUUAAACAAAGAGGGGUUCAUGAUGCAAAAAAAUUGCCUGGCUUCUACUACCGAGACGAUGCGCUCAGGCUAUGGCAGGCCAUCGGGGACUUUGUCACUAGCAUUUUAGCCAUUUAUUACCAUUCUGACAAAGACAUCCGGAAUGUAAGUUAUGCACCUUUCGGAUAUUUUAGUAGAUCAUACGCGCAGAUGGUAAAUAUAUAUUUCGUAUUUAGUUGUAACUUUGGAGUCUGUGGAUGAAUUUCUGUGGUGUUACCAUUCAAAUGAAACUUCUUCAGUAGUACUUUCACAUGGUGCUAUUUAUGUAGUUUGUAGUUCUAACUUUUGAGUCUGUUAAUGAAAUCCUUCGCAGCCCCUUAGGCAGUACUUUCACAUGGUACUAUUUUAUUAAGUAUGCAGUUCUUACUUUACAGUCUAUGAACAAAGCCUAUGUUGUGACCAUUCAAAUGAGACUCUCCGACAGUAUUGAUUUUCCGUAUUUACGAACACGAGAAUCAAGUAGUGUUUUUAUUUGCACGUUUGGGAGUUAAACUAACCUGUCUCCUUUGCUAAUACGGUUGAGAUACAAUGUUGUCACUGCAAGCAGCCCGUGAAAUAUAUAAUGGACAGCAAUUAUAGAUAUCAGGAUGAAAUGCCACGUGACAGUGCUGUCAACGUCUUUUCUAGUGUCGUUCUCGAACAGAUCAAUUUAGCUUUCUGAGAAACUGCCCACCUACCCCUCCCCUAAGCCAACAUUUGGCCCUAAGUGAGAAGCAAGUGUUAAUGUUAGCAUAGGGGAGGGGUAGGUAGGCAGCUUUCCAGAAGCCUAAAUUGAUCUAAUACUUCUUCCAGGACACGGAACUACAAGCGUGGAUUCGUGAUCUUCACGACAAUGGUUACCCAGUUAGAGAGGGUGAAGGCGACCACGGCUUCCCGUCUUCAGUCACCACCACUGACCAACUAAGCCAUCUGCUGACCAUCAUCAUCUUCACAUGUUCUUGUCAGCAUGCAGCUGUUAACUUUUCGCAAAUGGAUACCUUUGGUUUCCCGCCAAAUGCUCCUGCCCUGAUGCGGCAACCGCCUCCAACUGAGAAGAAUAGUGUAACAAUGAAAGAAGUAAUGAAGUGUUUACCAACCAAGCACCAAGCUGGGGUUACCAUAGCAACAGUGUACGACUUGACACGCAUAUUUCCAGAUGAGGUAACUUGAAAGAGCAUUAUUGGGAGUCGGAAAGGGAGGGGUGGGGGAGGAGUAAUGGCAUUAUGAAGAUGAUAUACCGACUGUACUAGUGGGUUAUGCAGAAAAUGACUUGAUAAUUGAAUAACUGCACGGAUACAAAUGGCUAAAAUUCAGCUCUCGAGUCGAAAUCCUGGACUUUCCGGUAUUCAAGAAAUAAAGUAAAUUUUAAAAAACGCAUUAAGCAAAGCUGAAUCUCAGGGGGUUUUACAUGCAAAUCAAAGUCGUCUUGUUUGAUUUUAGCAUUUUAAAUUUUUUUUCAUUAUUCUUCUCCCAACAACAGCGUUUUCUAGGUGAUUAUUCCGACGGACUCUUCACAGACAUUGCUGCUCUGGAGGCCAUUCUCCGUUUCCAAGAAAAGAUCAGCGAUAUCUCCAAGUCAAUAAAAGAGCGAAAUAAAAAGCUGAAGAUCCCUUAUGUUUAUCUGCUCCCAGACGGGACGCCUAACAGCAUCGCAAUCUAG